CUGAGACGGUUUCGUAUCCGUUAUCAAGUAAAAUUUGUAUGGAUCGAAAUUUCGAAAAUCACUUUCUUGACUGAACAUUUUUGAGCGCCAUGGCUUCCUUAUCUCCGAUGACUCAGCCGUCGUUAGUACACAUUCCCGGCGAAUCCGUCCCCCAUCAUCACGUACUAGUACCAAGCACGUGCUCUUUCCCGCGGAAGCCAACAACCACGAAACGGAUUAUCUGUUCGCCGGCAAGGAGUUCCGGUGAGACGUCGACGGACGGAGAAACCGACGGUGGAGGAUCUAGCACUACUGCCGUCGAUGAAGCGCCGAAAGAGAGUCCAUCUUUAAUCUCCGCUCUCAACGUCGAACGCGCUCUCCGUGGCCUUCCCAUUACAGAUGUUGAUCACUACGGUCGGCUUGGACUUCUCAGAAACUGUUCUUAUGAUCAGGUAAGACUUGGUUACCAAGAUAGAGUUAAGGAGCUAAUGGGACAAGGGCUAGACGAAGAACAGCUCAAGAACAAGAUGGAGCUUGUCAAAGAUUCAUAUACGAUCUUGUCGUCGGUGGAAGAGAGAAGGAUGUACGAUUGGAGUCUAGCCAGAAGCGAAAAAGCAGAGCGGUACAUUUGGCCGUUCGAGGUUGACAUCAUGGAACCCUCCAGGGAAGAGCCUCCUCCUCAGGAACCAGAGGAUGUAGGACCAACGAGGAUUCUUGGAUACUUCAUUGGGGCGUGGCUUGUCCUUGGUGUCGCCCUUUCUGUUGCAUUCAAUCGUUAGCCACUUUUGUUUCUUUCACCAUCUUCUUCCUCGCCUUAUAUUAAAUCAUUUCGAGAAAAUGUAUAUUUAGUAGUCGAUUAUAUACUUAAGUGUAUUAAUUAUCUGACGAAUGUUCAAGCUACGUGAUUGUAAUAAACGUAUGUUUAUGCA